GACGACAGGGACACUCCAGUCCUACCCGCGCCACCAUGCCCGCCGCUGCAGAUCUACUCCUGGACCCGCCUGUACACCGGGAGAUGGCUGCCGUGAGGGGCGCCGUGGGAGCCACCAAGGGCGCCGUGGGUGCCACGAAGGAAGCCGUGGCAAAGUACCACAGCCAGCCGGACCGCCAGCGCCACCAGGCCUUCAUACAGGAGGCAGUGAACGUGAUGCUGGACGAGGCGGUGUUUUCUCUGGACAGACAGAGUCCCGUGCUGCGCUGGACUGAUCCUGACAAACUCCUGGACAUCCUGGACCUGGACCUGGACAAGUCUCCCCUCACCCAUGACCGACUCCUGGGCCUAGUCAAGGAUACCAUCAAGUACAGCGUCAAGACUGGUCAUCCGUACUUCAUGAAUCAGCUGUUUUCUGGCGUCGACCCCUACGGCCUAGUAGGCCAAUGGCUCACGGACGCUCUCAACCCCAGCGUCUACACGUACGAGGUGUCCCCCGUCUUCACACUGAUGGAGGAGAAAGUCCUGGCGGAGAUGAGGAGGAUCGUCGGCUGGACCCAGGGUGACGGCAUCUUCUGCCCCGGAGGUUCCAUGGCCAACGGGUACGCCAUCAGCUGCGCCCGCUACCACGCCCUGCCCCAAGUCAAGAGUCAGGGACUCCACGGGUUGCCCAGAUUAGUCGUGUACACCUCAGAGGAUGCCCACUACUCCAUAAAGAAGCUGGCUACACUGCAGGGACUGGGAUCUGACAACGUGUACCUGAUCAGGACCGACUCCAGGGGUCGCAUGGAUGUCAACGACUUGCGUGCUCAGAUACAACGGACCAUACAGGAGGGGGCCAAGCCCUUCAUGGUGUCUGCCACAGCUGGUACCACCGUGCUAGGAGCGUUUGACCCGCUGCCGGAGAUCGCUGAUGUGUGUGAAGCCAACGGACUAUGGCUACAUGUAGACGCAGCUUGGGGUGGAGGUGCUUUGAUGUCACCUAGACAUCGUCACCUACUCAACGGCAUACACAGGGCUGACUCGGUGACCUGGAACCCACACAAGCUGUUGACAGCUCCCCAGCAAUGCUCUACCUUCCUGACCAGACACACAGACCUGCUCGGCCCCUGUCACUCUGCCUGCGCUACCUACCUGUUCCAACAGGACAAGUUCUACGACACCCGGUACGACACUGGCGACAAGCACGUGCAGUGUGGCCGCCGCGCUGACGUACUCAAGUUCUGGUUCAUGUGGAAAGCUAAGGGCACAGAUGGGCUGGCAGCUCACAUAGACACGGUGUUUGACAACGCAGCAUUCUUCACUGAACAGAUCCGCCACAGACCUGGGUUCAAGUUGGUCCUGGAUCAGCCUGAGUGCACUAACGUAACCUUCUGGUACAUUCCUCCCAGUCUACGCAGCCAGGAGAACCAGCCAGACUACAACCAACGCCUUCACAAGGUGGCUCCAAAAAUCAAAGAGCGCAUGAUGAGAGAAGGCACAAUGAUGAUCACCUAUCAACCUCUCAAAGAUCUACCAAACUUUUUCCGUCUCGUCAUCCAGAACUCCGGAUUGGACCAUGCAGAUAUGAGCUUCGUGAUCCAGGAAAUCGAAAGACUAGGAGCAGACCUCUAAUUUUAAUCUCACUAUUUAUAAUAUUUAUUGCUAGCAUAGUUCAACAUUGUGAUAAUAUAGUUAGGCUUUUGAGCAUUUCAUAAUUCUGUAUUUAUUACCAAGCUUAAUUAUCAAGAAUAAAAGUUUGAACAGUC